CAAACAAGCCUACCUAUAAGUAGAGAGGAGAAUACUCAGGAAUGUCAAGUUAAAGAUAUUACAAUUUAUUCAAUAAAGGAUAAGAUAAUAGAUCACGCCAUCGAGAGCACACAAGUAGCAGAAAAAAUUAAAAAAGCA